UCCCAAACGGAUCAUGUCACCGCUCCGUGGAGGUGGUCCGAUUUAGGGGGAUUUUGAUGCAAUGAUACCCAAGGCAACGACACGGGGGCGUUGACAUUCUCUCCAGUCUAAUAAACAAACGCUUUUGUUGACCGGCAGCAGGUACCUGAGUGAAGGGCGUCGCGUAAUCGUUCUACCUACGAAAAACGCCGCGAGGCGCACGCAGCUCCACGGAUCAUAAUAGCGCAAGCUCAGUCGCGUCUGACGUAGAGGGGCUUCUUGGAAGAAAACAUAGCUGGACCACUCACAUGAUACCGACACUCUAUAUAGAAUCGGGUAUAGAACCAAUAGAAUGACUUCACUGGUGUUUUCUGCCCGUUUUCGACCGACGGGACACGAUGAGGACGGAAUAGUAACAGCGCGCUGGUGAGGAUGCAGAUCGCGGGAUUAGGCUGACACAAAAGAGCGUUCACACCGUGUUUAAUUGCGGAUUAAACGAGGGCAUCAGCCUUGCACAACAAGGAGACGGUUCUUUAUUAGCGGGGAGCCAGACGCGCGGCGGGGAACGUUGACAGCGUCGCUCGGAUGGUGGUGCCGUGGACCGCGCGACUAUGUCACUACAGCGCUGGGUGAUUGUUCUGGUGGGGGUGAUGUCGUACUUCAACCCGGAGAGAGCUCUGGGAGCCCCGCAGAAGGAAGUCUCUCUGUCCCGGGACGGCUCUCUAUCUCCUCCCCCUUAUGUGAUUAUUCUCAUCUCCUGCUCUGGACUGGUCUCUUUUGUUCUGUUGCUUCUCACCUGCCUUUGCUGUAAGAGAGGAGGUGUGGGAUUCAAUGAGUUUGAUAAUGCUGAAGGGGAAGAAUGCUCUGGGGCUUCCAGCCCUGUUCCUGAGGACAGUUUGUCCUCCUGUCCAUCUCUACCAGAGGUUUACACUCUUCCGCUGCGGGAUAAGAACUGCCCUACUCUUCCGAAUGGCACAGAUGGCUCCCAGUGUUUUCGAAGGCACACUCUCAACUACCUGCAAGAGAUUGGAAAUGGCUGGUUUGGGAAGGUAAUCCUGGCUGAAGUGCUGUGUGACUGCAGCUCCUAUCAGGCUGUGGUGAAGGAGCUGAGGGUCAGUGCUAGUCCUCUGGAACAGAGGAAGUUCUUGGCAGAAUCUGAGCCAUACAGAAGUCUUCAGCAUCCAAAUAUUCUGCAGUGUUUGGGCCAAUGCAGUGAGAGUGUUCCUUUCCUCCUGGUCAUGGAGUUUUGUCAACUGGGUGAUCUGAAGAGGUACUUAAGAGCUCAGAGGAAGUCUGAUGGGAUGACCCCUGACCUUUUAAACAGAGACCUCUUGACCUUACAACGAAUGGCAUAUGAGAUCACCUCAGGUCUCUUACAUCUCCAUGAGAACAAUUACAUUCACAGUGAUUUGGCACUGAGGAACUGCCUCCUCACUUCAGAUCUUACAGUUCGGAUUGGAGACUAUGGCCUCUCGCACAAUCAAUAUAAGGAGGAUUACUAUUUAACCCCAGACAAACUAUGGAUACCUCUCCGCUGGAUUGCCCCUGAACUUCUGGAGGAGUUUCGUGGGAAUCUAAUUGUCACUGAUCAAACCAAAACCAGCAAUGUCUGGUCUCUGGGUGUUGUAAUAUGGGAACUGUUUGAAUUUGGGGCUCAGCCACACAGACACCUGAGUGAUGAAGAGGUUCUCACCUUUGUCAUCAGGGAACGACAGAUCACUCUGGCUCAACCUCGCCUCAAACUCGCUCAUGCAGACUAUUGGUACGAGGUCAUGCAGUCUUGCUGGCUACCUCCAUCCCAGCGGCCACCGGUGAACAAAAUCUUCCUCCUUCUCUCCUCUCUCCUUGCCGCAGAACAAGGAAGCCGGAAAAGUGCUAGAAGGGAUGAAGAUGAAGAGGAUUAUGAGGAAGACAGUGAAGAAGGAAGGAGAGGAGAGAGUGACGAAUCAUUUGAAAGACGAUGGGAUGCCCUCCGGCCCCCAGCGUUUCAGUCAGCCGCACACAAACUUAUGAGGGAGAGAGAGUACGGCAGGGAGGAUGGCUGCCUCAGAGAAAAUGGAAAUUCAUUUCCCCUUUUGGACCCUGUAGACAAUAUGAUUACUCCUACAUCUGAACUAGAUGACAUUCUUACUGUUACAGAGACCAGCAAAGGGUUAAACUUUGAAUACUUCUGGGAAAAGGCCCAUGGCAGAAGAGGAUACAAACCACUUCCUCCACCUCAGCCAAUACCAACACCCAAUUCUGGCCACAGGCAAACCUUAGACACACCAACUGUUGUCCCUGUGAUCAGUGCCCGCAGCCCUUCACUGGCCAGCGAGUAUUACAUUCGCCUGGAAGAACAUACUCCCCAGGAUAAGUCCCCUAGUCUAGGAAAAGGCAGGUUGUUAAAAAAAAGUUUGAUGUGUCCUGGAGAUCUGGAGCUGGUCGAGCUUCAAACAGGGACUACUGUAACUUUCAGUCAGCAAGAUGGCUUUGCUAGAGGCACCUCUCAAACAGUCAGAUCCAGUGAGGUAAAGGUUAGGGUUCCAAACACUGGUUUGGUUGAGUUUAGUAAGGAGAGCUGUAACCGAGUGACGGAUUAUGCGGUUAUAGACAUUGGAGAAGCAAACCAAAAGUCCCUUAGUCCUCAAGCACCCAUCCUCCCACCUAAACCUCGUUCAAUGUCCAUGUCCUCUGGUAGCCGUCUACACUCACGUCCCCUGCCUGCUCCUCCUCUAGGUUAUGCAAGAACAUAUGGGUUAGACAUCUACCCUGGAUCCUCGUUUCCGACAGGCAAAGUUGAGACUUCUGAUUCUUUACUAAUGAGUUCGCUGUCAAAAGCUAACUUUGACCAUUUAGGCUUAAAUCGCACCCACCAGACACUGCCCCCAUCUCCUUCACUCUCUCCCUCUAUUCCACCAUCUUCUGCUAGUCACUCUCUGUUUCUUCCACCUCAAACCUGUCCUCCACCUCUCCCUCCCCACUAUAGACUCCAAAAGGGUCAAAAUUACUCUUCAGAGACAUAUUCCAGAUACAAUGCGAUGCACUUACAAAGAGACCCACUAAGCUGUGACCAUACUGAUGAGAGAAAUUCUGACACAGGCAUGACUCGGUCUCAGUCUUUGUAUAAUUCAAGAGAUGCUCCAGAGAUGUACACUACAGACAAUGAGCCCAGAAUGACUCGAUCUCAAUCCACAAUUCCAAAAAUUGAGAGAACAUCAUCCUCUAGUCCGGAGUUCUCCAAGGAUGACGAUGAUGAAGAUGACGAUGAUGAUGAUUCACCUUUCAUGUCACCACAUAUAACCACCAGUGGAACAACUAUUCAGCACACCAACCUAGUUGAUGAACCAGACCCAGCUACGAACGAGCUUUUCUCAAGGGGAAUGAAGCGAACACAAUCCCGCCUUGCCACCAUCCUGCCGGCCAUUUGGAGGGAAGAUGCAGUCAUGCAACGUGAGCGAGUUGCAGCUGCUAGGAAAUCUCCCAUACAUUUGUUUCUGACUGAGAUCUCCAAUGAGUCUGUGGACAUCAAAGAUGGAGAAAGCUCGUGGUCACAAGAAAAUGAUGGAAGGAAAGAAAAAGGAAUGCGGAGAUCCCAGUCUCUUCUCACAGAACUUGACUCAUCCUCACAAGUAUGGACCUCAGAUAAAGACUUCCUGCCUGGAUAUGAAGCCCAUGGCAAAAAGAGAGAUUUGUUUCUUACAGAGAUUGAGACAUCCGUGUCAGAUUGUGAGGAUGCAUAUGAUGGUGAAGGUGGCACCCCAGUUUCCAGAUUUGGAACUACUCCUCAUCCUUUUGCAUAUCCCUCAGAUCUCCCAGCGUAUGGAGAAGCUGAAGAGGUUUUUUCAGCAGGCAUAAAGACGUCUCAAUCCCUUCUCUCCGAAAUAUCCAAUGAGUGUGUUGAACCUGAGCCAAAGAAAGGGGAAAUGACAAGAGAGGAAUUCCUGAAGGAGAUUCAAUCUGCUGAAACAUUUCUAACUGAAAUCAUUACAAGGCAACGCUUAAAGGAAGAGAGUGUUUCACCUACUCCAUUGUCCCCUGAGUAUGAGUCAAUAUGCAUUGACCCAGAAUCAUCUCAGACAAUACAGUUUGAAUCAGAAAGAGCAAGAGCAGGAAAGCUGCCAGGUGACACAAAAGAAGCAAUUUAUGCUCAAGUCACCAAGCGGGCGAAAAGAAGUGAAAUAAAAGUUGCUAUGCGUCCAGAAAUUCCAGUACUUCAGAUUGCAUCUGAGUUACAAAAUCUUGAAUCAGCUCAGAAAUUAACUCCAGUCAGUCACUUUUCCGAUGAAAUGGAACUAGAGAAGCAUUCCUUUAAUGAUUUUCCUCCCUCAGAAGUAAUGCCUAAAAAUGGGCCUGUAUUAGAAGAGAUAUCUCCCAUUAUAAAAGAGAAACAAAGUUCUGAAGAGUCUCACAGUCACCAUGAAUGUGUAAGUGAAGGUCCAAUAGAACCCAGGAAUCUCCACACUAUCAAUGGUUCACUUAGUUGUGACAAAAACCAAAUCCCUGAUGAUACACACAUUGUAAGUGUAGAUGAAAAUUAUUUGAAAGGCGUGUUUGUCCAGGCAAAAGAACUAAUGCAGAAAAAUGAUCACAGCAUUUCAGCUGGUAUCAAGGUGAUGACAUCAAAUGCAACAUUUGAAGAUGCACACAAUGAGAAACUGCCAGAAGAUCCAAACGAGAGGACAAAUGAAUUGACUUUCCUUGAUCCUUCACGAAACAGUAAUUCAGCAGGUGGCACACACUAUACAAAGGAAAGAGAAUACAGUUCAAAUAUGAGUCAAGACUGUCUCAUUGCCAACUUGCAAAUGGAGACAUCCUCUAAAUCCCUUGAACAAAGCACAAGUUCAAGGAUGGCGUGUCAUGGUGUGCCAAAAAUGGCAAAAGAGCAAAUACUUCCAAGUGAAUCUUCGCUUUCCCUAAAUGAAUCAAGCAUAGAUGUGCUCCACUCGCCUAUGGUGCAUGAACCCAACUCUGAUCAGUCACUUUCCACCAUGACCCCCACAGAUUCUGUCUUGUCACCUUUGACUUCUAGUUCACUGGAAUGCCUUACACCUGGAGACUGCUGGUUGGGUGGAGGAAGUGUUGGAUGGAGAGCCCUGGGAACUGAAACACCACAUCGGGAUUCGGCCUACUUCUCUGACAGUGACUUGGAUGGUGGAGAGGGUUUAGGCAGAAGAGGCACUGAAGUACUUAGUGGGAAUCGAGGAACAUUGAUGGGAAUUGAGGAAAAGAUUGAGGAUGAAGGACUACUGGAGAAUUUAGAAAAGGAAGUGGAGAUGAAACAAGAUAUGCAGGAACUGUGGGGUUCAAAUGAGAGAGCUGAUGUAGAGAAGGCUCUGAUACCAGGUGCUGUUAUUUUAAGAGAUUCUCAGAGUAAAUGCAAUGCUGAGUUUAUUGCCAGGUUGUUUUCCAGUGGAGAUGAUGAGCCAAAUAAGGGUGUUCCAUUAAGCAACAGCUCUCUUAACAUCCAAAACUCCUCUCUAGUUAAAAAUAGUGAGCUGGUCACGUCUCACACAUUUUCAAAAGAAAGAGUGCUUAAAGAUUCAGGUGAUACAGAUCUUAGACUGCUCGCUGACAUAGUCUCAGAUACUCAAAAACCUGGACCAGUUUGUCAAGAACAAGUAGUUGAAAAUUGCUCAUAUUUGCAAACAACUAAGUGCAAGGAGUCACGUUGUACAUCACCUGAAUUCCCAGUUGAUGAACAGUCAUCAGACAACAGUAAAUCCAGGUUAUCACGGUUUUACAGCUUACAGUCUGAUUAUUCUAAAUGCAUCAUCAGCCCUGAGAUAAACACAAAGCUCAGCAAUGAUGACACCAAAUGCGGCCUGACCCAAUUCAUCUGGUCUGAAACGAAAGCUGAACAACCCUCAGGAGAGGAAAAGGGUAAACUUGAUAUCCAAGACAUAGAUGCAAAUGAACUAGGCUUGAGAAACCUCUCAUAUUCAGAAGAGAGUGAGGAUGAACAGGCAAAGGAGAAGCCUGAAAGUCAGCUAGCUGUAGGGGAGCUCUGCUUCACUAUCAAGGAAUCCCCCCAAAAUUCUGCAGAUGAGCAAGUCAGCAGUAUGGAGAUCUCAAAAGAUGACUGUUCUGAUGAAUUUGGCAGAGGUUCCUCAAUGGGUCUUGAACUGAAGGAGAAGGAGUUGUGGAGUGCCCUUGAGGAAGAUUAUGGUACAGAAGAGACUAUGAGAGGGGAAUUAAACUGCCAAACAUUUCAGCAGGGAGAACUUCACCUUUGGCCUGUAGAAAAUGACCAGUGGGCAGCAGCCGAAGCUCGGACACCAGAGGCAGGGCUUGGAUCAGAGCUGUUCCCGAGUUUUGGAAAAAAGGCCUGGGGGGAGGAGGAACACUUAGUGGUGAGUCAUGAAUUUUGGGAAUCUGAAGCAAAUGAUGAGCUUGCAGAUAGUGAGUCUCAUCCCUCUACUCAGAGAAUAUGUGAUGAUGCAUUUAAUGAUGAGAAGCUAGGACAGGCUGAAUACCCGCCACCUGAGAGGCUGAUCCUUUCUACUGGGGCAAAGGAAGCGCAGCAGGCACUUGUAGAAAGAUGUGACUUUCAGCAAGAGGAGAACAUGGAAAAUCCAAUCAUGGAAAAUGGAACGCCAGAGCGUUAUGCUAGCAAUAUAAAAAUGGAAGUUGAGAAUCUGGAGAACCCAGAGCUAGAGGCACCUGUGCAACACAGACCUGUUGAGGUGAUGAUUGAUACGCAGAAUUCAGAGACAUGUUUACAAAAUGAUGUGGGUGGUGAAUUGUUUGGGGAUAAAGAUAAUAAAGAGUUUGACAGUCACGAAAACAUAGUGGGUGUGAGAGGUUGCAUGACUCACUCUCCCUCGUUUUCUAUUACAAAUGCUUCAGCUGAUGAGUUGGAACCUCUACAAUACUACAAAGAAUCUAUUUCUAGUCAUAAUAACAAUGUACAAAGGGACCAAACUGAAACCACAUGGGCACCCAAGACUGAAGCAAGUAAAAUUUUGGUAGCAGCCCUUGAAGACCAUCAAACCUGCACAAUAGAUAUGUCAAACUCAACCACUGACUUAGCUGAUAGUUCUCACACCAUUUCAACAUAUCCAGAGUGUCUCAGUACAGAAACCGGAAGACAUAAUGUUGACAGUAAUCACUGUCCUGCUACAGUCAGUGAUGUGUUUUCUGAAAAAGAAAGAUCAGAUUCUCCCUCUUGCCCAAUUCUCACCAUUAACACUGAUCCAGAGACAUGCGAGAUUCAUAGUAGCAAUAUUCAGUGUUCUGCCCCUGCACUGAUUUCAAUGGAGCUUUCUGAAUGUUCAGAUUCCCCACAUGCAGGAGUGGGCAAGUGCCAAGGCCCAAGUAGUUUCCCCAAUACAGUACACCACAUAGAAAUAAAGACCAGUUCAAGUCUGUUCUGUACUACGGAUCAAACAUCUACUAAAGAACAUGAAGAGCUUUCUGCCUGUACUGAUGAUGUUAACUGCUUAGAUCAGUCUCUUGAAGAACUUGGCACCAGUACCACCACUCACAGCAAAGGUAUUACUGCAAACCUGGGACAAAAACUGCACACAUCUCUUGUGAAAGAAAAUCACAUUCACCCAGAAUCAAAUGCUGUGGACGACAGAAAUAGCCUGUCCCAGAAAGUGGCCCAUCCACCUCUCUCCCAGUGUUCUCUGAACUCUAUCCCAGAGUUGUUGAUCUCCGAGUGGAAGGACUUGGAUGAGGAGCCUCUGGAGGAUUUUGAAAAACUGGAGCAACUGUGCUGCAUUUCUGGGGAUGAAGAGACCCUUGGAGAUCUGUUUUUAGGAAACUUAGAUCUGCUUGAAUCUUUGAAGAGAAAUCCAGAGCAAAGAACGAGUGGUGCUAGUGGCAUAAUAAAUCAUCAUGACUCAGCAGAUGCAGAGGGAAAGAGAGGAGUGGAGCUAAAAGAAGAAGUUGACGGGAUAUCGAAAAAAAGUACCACAGCUGACUUGCAACAGCCAGAGCAGUAUGAAAACAUUUCUCCAAAUUUCCCAGGAGAAACUCAGCAGUCAGUAGAGAAGAGAACAGGGCAUCAUGUGCCAACGCCUCUCUCACCAUGCAAUUCUACAGAUGGUUCCAAAGGGCAGAGGUCACUCUCAAAAAUGCAGGCAAAAAAUGGACUGAUGAUGCAGGUUUGUGAGGAAAGACUUCAGUACUCUCUCAGUGAAAAUGUUAAAACCAAUGUCCUGUGGGGGUCUACAGUCAGUGACAGCGUGAUUCUGCACCCUUGGGGAACCUCUACCACUUCAUCCUCUGAAGAAAGUGUCGAAGGCAAAGAUUUCCAAGAAACCGAGAGCAGCAAAGAGGAGUCUCAGCCCUCUUCUCCCUCUGUGCCUGUGAGUGAAUCUGCUGAAGAAAAGACAGAAGAAAUUACUGUGCUUGAACAGCCCGAGGUUAUACCUUCACUGCCAGCUGCAAAUCAAGCUAUGAAAGCUAAGCUGGCCCGUCUCUCCUUGUCCCUCCCUCCGCUCGCUCUCUCUCUUCCUCUCUCACCAAAUGCCAAAGGAGGAUUCUGGGAAGGGGGAGAGCACAGAGGGGGAAGGAGGAGGGUUGCUUCAACAGGCGAUCCUGAUGAAGAUGAAGAGGAGGAACAGGAGGAUGAAUCUCCAAGGCGUGUCAUCGUUGUCACAGAAACAGAUGUUGACAAGAGAGUGGGUUUGCGUAGCUUGUUGAAAUCACCAAAGGAGCCCGUGGACAAAGAGAACCGUGACCGUGGGAGGAAUGUGUCAUUUUUUGAUGAUGUCACAGUCUAUCUUUUCGAUCAGGAAACUCCAACCAAUGAGCUGAGCUCUGGAUCUACUAGUUCAUCUCCUCAUGGAAAGCCCCCCAACAUGGAUGGUUUUGGAUCAGCCAGCCACAAGACAUCAAAAAGUAAAGACCAUGUAGUGAAGGCAAGAUCUCCAACCGGAGUAACUUCUGGCUCAUCUUCAAGGUUUACAGUGAGCCCUGCCGACGACCCGCAUUUAGUGUGACAUACUACUGUUCUCUAAACACCUGGACACAAUGUACCCCCCUGGAGUGAUUGAGUGGCCCCCGUUGUCAUCGGUAACUAUGACGGCUCCUGGAGGUUAUUUUUUUAACUGCAAGAAAAAGAAGGACUCCCGUUUCAAAAGGCUGGAGGCAGUCCAGGUUUUACUCACUGCAGCAGCUGAAGUGGUAAAUCCACACAUGGAAAGUACCUUCCAAACAGCCCAAAUCCUUGGAGUUAUGUAAAAUCUGACUUGUACUUUUCGGCUAUGCAAUGGGAGUCUUAUUAUGUACCAGCUUAACUGUUCUAUUUUCAUGGCUUCUUGAAGUACGUUUGUAUUUUAUUCCCCUUGAAUGAAGGGGCGCACUUUCUCUGACCAGUACCUGUCUAUUUGUGAGCUUAGAAAUAUUGACAUUGUAAAUUUGUUCUCAUUGCAGUCAGACAUCCUUGUAGUUUGUGGUUGAGGGGGGAACCGUCUCUUUCCAAAUCACAGCAGUGCAGUUCUCAUUUAGCAUUUGUACAAACUAAAAAUGGAAUUGCAACAGAAUACAAACUCAUUUUAAAACCAUUUAUUUUAAAUGUAUUCUUAGAUGCACGAAAAAAUAAAACUGCAACUAACUGUUAUGUUUUAUACUGUAUUUUUUAUUGCAAAUGUUAUUUAUUUCUGUAUCUAAUUUGUUUACUUAAUUGUUUAUUUAUUCUGCAUUUGUUUUUUAUUUAAAUAUAUGUUUGUCUGUAAGCCUAUUUCACUUCAUAAGUUUAAGUAUACUGUAUUUUUACUUUGUAUCAAAUUAUUUUGGAUUUAUGGCAUUUGCCGUUUAAUCCUAUUAAUAACCGCCUCAACAAACAUAUAUCUUUGCAUAGGUACAAACACUUUGAAAUGUUUUCUCUAAUUUAGCUAUUUCUAGAUGUCAGUCUGUAUCUAGUUGUCCUAUGAUGUGUCUCUACACAGGUGUUAUUUUCUAAUAAUGUAUUUGACAUUAGCUUUUCCUUUAUUUAUUUUGAAGCAGUAAUUAUUGCUUGGCAUGAAAAAAAAGAGAUCAGCAUACAUAACUACCAAUUGACUUAUUUAUUCAUUCAUUCAUUUUUAGUUUUCUAUCUUAAUGUUCAUGCAGAUGUCUGAGGUAAUCCAGAUCAUUACAUCACGUUCAGCAUCUGUUUCAUUUAGAGGUUUCAUAUUAUUCUGUAAGAAGCUGAGGGAGUGAAAAUAACAUGGAAACUGUGAAACAUUUAUUGAACUGUUUGAUGACAAUAAAUUGUUCUGUCUUAUAA